UCAAUUUUUCUCUCGAGCUCCCUCCUCUCCCUUUGUCAUUCUAGCUGCCUCCGCAGCGCAGCGUCCCUCUCGCUCUCUCUGAGCUGCCUGCCUGCGCCUUAGACAGACAGGGUGCGCAAAGCAGGAUUAGCUGGGACCUGCCUUGGUGACCCCAUGGCAUCCCCCAGAACCAUAACUAUUGUGGCCCUCUCAGUGGCCCUGGGACUCUUCUUUGUUUUCAUGGGGACUAUCAAGUUGACCCCCAGGCUCAGCAAGGAUGCCUACAGUGAGAUGAAACGUGCUUACAAGAGCUAUGUCCGAGCCCUUCCUCUGCUGAAGAAAAUGGGGAUCAAUUCCAUUCUCCUCCGAAAAAGCAUUGGUGCCCUUGAGGUGGCCUGCGGCAUUGUCAUGACCCUGGUACCUGGGCGUCCCAAAGAUGUGGCCAACUUCUUCCUGCUCUUGCUGGUGUUGGCUGUGCUCUUCUUCCACCAGUUGGUUGGUGAUCCUCUCAAACGCUAUGCCCAUGCUCUGGUGUUUGGAAUCCUGCUCACCUGUCGCCUGCUGAUUGCCCGCAAGCCUGAAGAUCGAUCUUCUGAGAAGAAGCCCUUGCCAGGGAAUGCUGAGGAGCAACCCUCCUUAUAUGAGAAGGCCCCUCAGGGCAAAGUGAAGGUGUCAUAGGAAAGUGGAAGUGCAGAAAGUGGACCUCCCAGGCAGUUGCCUUCAUGACACCCAAGAAGAUGUCAGUGUGUGUGUUUUUCAUUUGAUUUAUUUAUCUUGGGGGAAAGGGGAAAAUAUAAUCUCCGAGUUAACGACCCUAUUGGCUUUUGUACAUCUAUACCCUAAGAUGAGCUCCUCACAUUGACAUUUGUGCACCACCUUUAAUCACUUUGGGGCAACUCUCACAUCUUGCUGCAUGUACAUGUAUACGGCAACUAUUGAAGUGUAUUUGUGAGAUGGACUCCAGCAAGCAUGUGACUGUGAGAUUAUGUGUGGGAAAAAUGUAUUUAACUACUCUGUGUGUGAGCACACACACACACCUGUGGAGAAGGCUCUAAUCUUGAACUAAUCCUGCACGGAUAUCCUUCCUUUCAUAAAUUCCAGCAAAGACAGAGUAAAAUAGACCUAUUAAGAGAAUCCUGCUUACCCCUAGUAUAAAACAUAUGACACAGUCCCACUGGGGGAGUUUCUCAACAGAUUAAGCCAAAAAGUUAAACUCACCAUUUUAGGAAAAAAGUUUUGUCAAUUGGAGACACUGACUUAUUUGUAAAGUUAAUUAGCCUCUAUCCAAACGGUUGUUUCAAUGCUAAAUAUUCCAUAUCGAGUUUAACUAAAACAAGGGAUACAUGCAGUUAAUAAUCUAAUCUUCAAGUGCUAAUCUAGGAGGUUUCACUUUGCCUUUGUCUGAGCCCUACCUAUUAAACCCCUUUACUCACAGUUUGAGACUGAACUGUAAACUUGAUACCAGAUUUAAGAAAAAAAAAAAAAGGCCCUUUUUUUCCCUUUUUUUUUUCUUUCUCUUUUUCUUUCUUUCUUUCUUUCUUUUUGUAAGCCCAAAGCUUCCCCACUCCCACUACUCUCAGCAACUAACCAGAUCUGGCAGCUUGCUCCACUGUUGUGGGUGAGGGAACAGGGAUCAGUCCUGUUAGAAGUCUGUGAAUCUCAAACUCUAGUGUUUUCCAAAAGCAUAUGAAAUUUGACAAACGAGCUAUAACCAGUGUGUCCUUGCCAAACAAAUCCAUACUCCCGAUUGAGUCUUCACUGAACUUUGCUAGUGUAAGCAGAGUUCCAGGUCACCCCCAGGGUUGUCUCUAUACCUCUUUUUAUCAUUCUAGUGGGUGUAUAUCUGGGGGAAGGACAUUUGACAUGGGUUAGUUGGAUUGAGCAGUAUGAAAUUUACGUUCUUCAUUACAUACUGCUGUUUCUCCUUGUUAGAUGUGCUUUGAUGGUUUUACUAUUAUUGUGCCAGGGAUGGGGAAAGGGGUGGGGGUUUGUGUGUGUGUGUGUGGGGAGAGUACUUAUUAUUGUAUUUUCUUCAGUGUCAUUGUUCUUAGUAAUUGAUACCUCUCUUAUUUCUCUCAUUCUUUCAAAAUAAAAGUUUUUGAAAUUUGGAGGAAACUGUCUGGAUAUAUACUGAGAAUCUGGAAAGAAAGUGUUGUGUCAAAAGAUUCAGGAUCCUCCCCCCUUGCCUUUUUUGAAUCUAGGUGAGGGGGGGGAAAAGGAGUAUAAUCACUUAAUAUAUUAAUGAGGGUGCCGGUUUUCCAAUCUCGUUUAAGUUCCCCCACACUUUUGUGAUGUUAGUAC